AUGGCGGCCGUGAUGGGCUUCAUCUACAUCCUACCAGCUGUGAUUGACGGUCCCAUGAUGAGGGAACACAGGCAUUCGUUCGAAGAACCUUGCGACAAGAACUGGUGGAAGAUGUUCACAAUGACGCAAAACUACGUCGAGCACUUUGGCGACUUGUGCGUCCCUCAUUUCUGGUACGUUGCUGUUGACUACCAACUUGCAAUUGUCAGCACCAUCAUCUUGGCCGCCAUAAUGCCUAAGUGGCCUAAGGCGUGCAUGUGGCUAAUGGGUGUCAUUGUGGUUGCCUCGUCACUGGGCACUCUCAUACAGACUUACGUCAUCGACGCACUGCCAUUCGGCGUCAUCAUAACUACCGACAUGAAGAGGAUAUCCGAAGUGCAGACCGAGAUCUACAUCAAGCCAUACGCGCACGCCGCCACUUUGUUCGUGGGCGUGAUCUUCGGCGUCCUGGCGGUGCGGCGACAUCGGCUGUCGCGGCUCGUCCAGGGUGCUGCCUGGGCCGCGGCCGCUGUCCUCGCGCUGGCCGCGCUGUUUGGCGUGCGCACUUGGAUGGUCGGCCGCCAGCCGGAGAGGCUCGAGUCGGCUUUCUACGGGGGAUUGCACCGCGUCUCGUGGGCGAUGGGCAUCGCGUGGGUCAUGUACGCCUGCGCCACGGGCCGUGGAGGCUUCGUCACCAGGAUCCUCGCCUGGCCCAUCAUGUACCCGCUGGGAAGGCUGUCGUUCGCGCUCUACCUGGUGCAUCUCCUCGUGCUGGGUUCCACGACAGUACUGGGGCGAGAGCUCGUCAGUCAGCAGCCGUUCUUACACACCCAGAUAUAUUUAGCUUUGGUCCUCAUGUCAUACGGGUUCGCCAUCGUCGUCUACCUCUUCGUUGAGUGUCCGGUGGCUGGACUAGACAACACGGCCUUCCAAAAAGUAAUGCCGAAGAAUGGAAACCAAAGCGCCUCGAAAACCAAGGGCACUGCUCAAGAGCUCAAGGCCAUCCAGACUCUUCACAAGAACGUGGCCAGCACGAACCUUGACCUUUCACCUUCCACGCAUCACCUUGCAAACGGAUUUCCCGACGUGACUAAACGCUCUGGCAACGGCACUCAUCUUAACGGCCACGUAAAUGCAGCUUGGGAAAACGAUAUACGCGACAAAGACACGCAGGCUGAUGCUGCCGUAAUCUCCAUCAAAUUCUGA